CGCGUCCCGGCUGCUGUCCCCUCACUGCACGGGGCUGUCACUGACCCAGUCUGGGGACCCUGUGGAGAAUGGCCCCCCCCGGCCAGCGGCUUCCGCUCCUGCCUCCACUCCCCCCCCCCGCUGCGAUCCCCCAGUUAUUCUGGGAGGGUGACAUCAGCCAGGCCACUGCAGGGGGCGGAUGUAGUGGUUGCUGCAGUGUGGCUCCCACGGUUCCCUGUCCCUCCCCACGGCCCCGGGGGCGGGAUCCCGGCCCCCACCCGGGGUGGGGGGGGGGGGGCGGCGGCCGGGCUCUCCCAUGUACUGCUGGUUUCCGCUGCCGUGCGCGGGCAAUAAAGGCAGCCCGGUGCAGGCGAUGGUGUGGUGGCCUCGGGGACGCCGUGGGGCAGAGCGGUGGGGGGUGUGGGGGGGCGGGGGCUGUCCCGCAGCCCGCUGUUGGGGUGUACCCCACGCGUGUCCGCCCAAGAGACCGCGCUCGCAUCCCCGCGCUAGAUGCCUGCCCCGCCCCGCCCGACGGCGGCCUGCUCCGCCCACCGCCCUCCCAUUGGCGGCGGUUGGGCGAGGCCACGCCCCUCCCCGUGACGUCAGCGUCGGCCGCUGCCGCCGCCGGGAGGAGCCGCCGCUGCUCGGCGCGGGGCCGGGGCCGCCGCAGCGCCGUCGGUGGGAGUGGGUGGCCCCACAGGGCACCAUGCCGCUGGGGCAGGAUGGGCCCAGCUGGAAGAAGAGGACCGAGGACAUUCGGCGCAUCUACGACUUCCGUGAGGUCCUGGGCACGGGGGCCUUCUCCGAGGUGGUCCUGGCAGAGGAGAAGGCGACGCGGAAGCUGGUGGCCAUCAAGUGCAUCGCCAAGAAGGCGCUGGAGGGGAAGGAGACCAGCAUCGAGAAUGAGAUCGCCGUCCUCCACAAGAUCAAGCACCCCAACAUCGUGGCCUUGGAUGACAUCUAUGAGAGCAGCACCCACCUCUACCUCAUCAUGCAGCUGGUCUCGGGGGGGGAACUCUUCGACCGCAUCGUGGAGAAGGGCUUCUACACCGAGCGGGACGCCAGCGCCCUGAUCCGGCAGAUCCUCGACGCCGUCAAGUACCUGCACGACAUGGGCAUCGUCCAUCGUGACCUGAAGCCCGAGAACCUGCUCUAUUACAGCCUGGAUGAGGACUCCAAGAUCAUGAUCAGUGACUUUGGGCUGUCGAAGAUCGAGGGUUGUGGCAGCGUCAUGUCCACAGCCUGCGGCACCCCCGGCUACGUGGCCCCCGAGGUGCUGGCGCAGAAGCCCUACAGCAAGGCAGUGGAUUGCUGGUCCAUCGGGGUCAUCGCCUACAUUCUGCUUUGUGGUUACCCCCCUUUCUACGACGAGAACGACGCCAAGCUCUUCGAGCAGAUCCUGCGGGCCGAGUACGAGUUUGACUCGCCCUACUGGGACGACAUCUCAGACUCGGCCAAGGACUUCAUCCAGCACCUGAUGGAGAAGGACCCCGGCAAGCGCUUCACCUGCGAGCAAGCCCUGCAGCAUCCCUGGAUUGCUGGGGACACAGCCCUGGACAAGAACAUCCACCAGUCGGUGAGCGAGCAGAUCAAGAAGAAUUUUGCAAAGAGCAAGUGGAAGCAAGCCUUCAACGCCACGGCGGUGGUGAGACACAUGCGGAAACUGCAGCUGGGAACCAGCCAGGAGGGCCCCGGGCAGACGACUCCCACCAGCCCCAGCGAGCGGCUGGCGGGGGGCACCAGCAACGGGUCGGACUGUGGGUGCCUGCCCGCGAGCAGAGCUCAGCGCCUCCCACCAUACUGACCACGGCCCCACAUGGCCGCAUCCUGGGGGGGCUGUGGAGGGGGCCGGGGGGCAUCCAGCCCUCCCAUGGACACAGCGUGGGGUGGGGGGCCCUGCAGUGCUGGAGCCAGGGAGGGGACGGUGUGGGGGCACGCUGCCCUGCUCACCCUGGGUGUGUGGGGCUGCCCCCCACCGCAGGCUCGCAGCAGAGCUGUGUCGGGGCAGGGGCAGCCCCCAGGACCCCCCCAGCUCAGGGCGGCGUCCCAGGCCCCCUCCCACACCCCCUCCUUCCUCCCCACGCCUGCCCUGGCACUGUCCGUCCGCCCCCCCCCGCAUGUUUAAGGAGAAUUUUCCAAAUGGAUGUUUCUAUUUUAUUGCUUGUAAUAAAGGCAAGAGGCCAA